UGCACAGUGACGUAAGCAGACCGAACAGACGGAGUUCUACCGGAGCUAACGGAGUGCGGUAAGACUCCUCGGUUGACCUUGCUGCUGAGAGCUGACUACAAAUAACACACCGUCCAGCGAAAACAUGACAGCCCCGAGUUUACCUGCUAUACCCGCAUUACCCACCCCGGGAAUCAGGUUGUCAAAAGAGCAUUUGGUGGUUGCAGUGCCAGUGGCAGUGGUUGCAGCUGUAGGAGGUUUUCUAGUCAGCCAUUACCUGAGUGGGAGAGGCUGCAAGAAGGCCCAGGUGAACACAUCCGUCAGCAAAGACAGUCCCAAAGUGGUGCACAGCUUUGACAUGGAGGACAUCGGCACCAAAGCUGUGUACUGCCGCUGCUGGAAGUCAAAGAAGUUCCCUUACUGCGACGGUGCCCACACCAAACACAACGAGGAAACCGGGGACAAUGUCGGACCGCUCAUCAUCAAAAAGAGGGACGCUUAAGCCAACCAAUCAGAAAAGCGCGCCCUCCCUUGACCUCCCCUCCACCCGGCCCCAGUUUGUCCAGCCAGUUAUCCUCAUUACAGUGCACACUGAUGGUUACGGUACGACACAGUAUUCUUCAUAGACCAGAAUAGAAACUGAAUUUUUCAUUUCAUACAUUCCCACACUGUUCCUACACAAACCCACAUGACUUUGAAAUCAAAGGUCAUGUGCGAAGAGAUAAUAAAGGGACUUUGACAAUCAAUACAGUCAGACAUCGGGGUAUUACGACUGCGCAGUCGCUUUUUGACCCACUUAACACGAAGGUCAAAACGGCACUGCACAGGCGUCACACCUUCACGUCUGGCGUCCCUUUCUCUCUCCGCUCCUCCAGGUGUGGAGCAGGUGUUUGGAACACGAGGAGUACGGCAGAUCUUUGCCUCAGUCCGGUUUUUGCAUCCGAAUGCAGCGCCUUACAUUAAAAUCAGAAGUCAGAACACACACACACACAACCCAUAUGAAUGUUACAUGUCAUGAUUUUUGCACCAAGAGCUGCUUAGUCAGAGGUAGAAGUCAUGUUUGUGUUUAAUGAAAUAAAAAUCUAUCUUGAGAACUGUUGAAACACUAUCUGCUGUCUGUAACCAGUUACUGUCUUUCUGAGGAAACUGUUGUAUUUAAUCUGUAAAGUGUUGGGAAUUCUGCUUAUAAAGGAUAUAUUUUGCUUUUUCAUCAGAUUUAUUUUCUACUGGCUGCCGUGUGUCUGACUUGAUGAUUCAUUGUUCUGUAUAUUGUGAAUAAAACUUAUCGAGUGAUCUGA